AUGGCUACAAUAUUCAAAUUAGCUAAAGCACAGAAGAAUGCUGCCGAUAAUAAUGAAAAGAAUGGAGAGGUCUCCACUGAUAAAAAAUCAGUUAAAAACAAGCAGAGAGUUCUAGUUUUGUCUUCGAGAGGAAUUAAUUAUCGUCAAAGGCACCUCCUGAAUGACCUAGAGGCGCUUUUUCCUCAUUUUAAAAAAGAUUCAAAGCUUGAUACAAAAUUUAAUCUUAGAAUUCUCAAUGAACUUGCCGAAUUAAAUAAUUGUAAUAAUUGUGUAUUUUUUGAGGUACGUAAACAUCAGGACCUUUAUAUGUGGACAAGCAAGACUCCGAAUGGUCCAAGUAUAAAAUUCCAUGUACAAAAUAUUCCAAAGGGUGCCCGUCGAUCAAAACCAUUCAUUGAUCAUGUUAUAUCAUUUACGAUAGUGGAUAAUCGGAUAUGGUUCCGAAACUUUCAGGUUGUUGAGAAGGACCUGAAAAGCUCCGAUACAAAAGUAAAUGACAAGAACAUUUCUCUUGUAGAAAUUGGACCGAGAUUUGUUCUCAAUGUCAUUCGUAUAUUUGAAGGUAGUUUUUGUGGAGCAUCUAUUUAUGCAAACCCCGAAUUUAUAACUCCAAAUCAGAAAUUAUGUUCAAUAGUAAUGUUUGCCUUUGAUAAUUUAGAUUCGGCUAAGGAAUAA